AUGAAACAUUUUAUUGGUAAUCAAAUAGAUGAGAAUGAUUAUUAUUUUUCUUUGUAUGUUUAUUUGCUGAUGAUUGGCCGAGUCAUUAAUGUUAAUCUAAGUCAAUUUUCAAAUAUCCGUUGUCUUAAAUUAGAAUGUCCGUUGAAGAAAGUAUUGGCACAAUUGAAUUCUAACAUCUCAACGCAUUUAAAACAUGUUUUCAUAUCGAAUUUAGGUUUGUUUGAAAUAAUCGAUGAAUGGACAUGCUUAUCAUGA